GAAGCAGCACCCCGCGGGGAUGUACCAAAGCAGGAAAUUGGACUAAAUCCGAACCAGGAGGAUUUUUGGAACCGUGUGUGUGUGAGCGAACAGAGGGAGAGAGAGAGAGAGAAAGAGAGAGAGAGAGUGAGAGUGUGAGUGUGUGUGCGUGCGUGCGUGCGUGUGUGUGUGUGUGCGCGCGCGCGCCCAUGGCGGAGUUCGAAGAGGACGGGGCCAGCCUGCUGGAUCACGCGGUGGGCGUGCAGGCGGCGGCGAAGACGCCCGGCGAGGGCUCGGUGUCGAACGGCGACUGUGGAAUGUGUGAAGACAACAUGGUCGGCCAAGGUGGCGGCGGCAGGGGCGUGGAAGCCUUCGUCGAGCCCGACAACAAGGCGGACAUGCCCCGUAGGAGCAGCAUCAUCAAGGAUUCCUCAAGACAACGUAAGGAGAGGAAGAAGACUGUGUCAUUCAGCAGCAUGCCCACCGAGAAGAAGAUGAGCAGCGCCAGCGACUGCAUCACCGCCAUGGUGGAUGGCUCAGAGUUGAAAAAGGUGCGUUCCAACUCGCGCAUCUACCACCGUUAUUUCCUGCUGGAUGCUGACAUGCAGUCCCUGCGGUGGGAGCCCUCCAAGAAGGAGUCUGACAAGGCCAAGAUCGACAUCAAGUCUAUCAAGGAGGUUCGCACGGGGAAGAACACGGAUACUUUUAGAACCAACGGAACCUACGAUCAGAUCUCAGAGGACUGUGCGUUCUCCAUCAUAUUUGGGGAGAACUAUGAGUCCUUGGACUUGGUGGCCAACACUGCAGACGUAGCCAACACCUGGAUUACGGGCCUAAGGUACCUGAUCUCCGACGGGAAACAUACGCUGAACAUGAUAGAGAGCAGUCAGAAUAACAUGCGAUCGUCCUGGCUCGGUGAACUUUUUAGCGAAGUGGAUGGUAACAACAGUCAACAGAUAACAAUAUGCGCUGCUGUGCAGCUGGUCAAAAAGUUGAACCCAGGACUUAAAAAUUUGAAAAUCGAGCUGAAGUUCAAGGAGCUUCACAAAGUAAAAGACAAGGUCGGCUCUCAGGUGACGAGAGACGAAUUCGUAGAGGUCUUUCAUGACCUCUGCACAAGGCCAGAAAUCUAUUUUCUCUUCGUACAGUUCUCCAGCAACAAGGAGUUUCUGGACACGAAGGACUUAAUGAUAUUCCUGGAGGCCGAGCAGGGCAUGGCACAAGUCAGUGAGGACACCAGCGUCGAGGUCAUCCAGAAAUACGAGCCAUCCAAGGAGGGUCGGCUCAGAGGCUGGCUCUCUCUGGACGGAUUCACCAACUAUCUUCUGUCUCCAGAGUGCCACAUAUUUGACCCCGAGCACAAAACCGUGUGCCAAGACAUGAACCAGCCGUUGUCACACUACUACAUCAAUGCGUCUCACAACACGUAUCUUAUAGAAGAUCAGUUCAGGGGUCCUUCUGACGUGACUGGGUACAUCCGUGCCCUGAAGAUGGGCUGUCGCAGUGUCGAGCUGGACGUUUGGGACGGACCUGAUAAUGAACCUGUGAUUUACACCGGUCACACCAUGACCUCGCAGAUUGUCUUUCGCAGCGUCAUUGACGUGGUCAACAAGUAUGCCUUUGUCGCGUCUGAGUUCCCACUCAUCUUGUGUUUGGAGAACCACUGCUCGUUGAGGCAGCAGAAGGUCAUGUUUCAGCACCUCAAGAAGAUCCUGGGAGAUAAACUCAGCCUGGAUCCCCCUAAAUCUGAUGACUGCUACCUCCCAUCCCCCUCAGAUCUGAAGGGAAAGAUCCUGCUGAAGGGUAAGAAACUCGGCACCAACUGCACUGCCUCUGAGGGGGAGGUGACAGAUGAGGAUGAGGGGGCGGAGAUGUCGCAGAGAAUGAGCAUCGACUCGCCCGAACAACAGACGGUCGCGCCCAAGAAGUUCCAGCUGUCUAAGGACCUUUCUGAUCUGGUCACGUUGUGCAAGUCCGUGGAGUUCAAGGAUUUCCCAACAUCAUUCCAGGGCCAGAAGCAUUGGGAGCUCUGCUCGUUCAACGAGGUGUUUGCCGGCCGCUGCGCAAGUGACUUUCCUGGAGAGUUUGUUAACUACAACAAGAAGUUCCUGGCACGGGUUUACCCCAGUCCAAUGCGCAUCGACUCCAGCAACAUGAACCCGCAGGACUUCUGGAAGUGCGGUUGCCAGAUCGUGGCGAUGAACUACCAAACUCCCGGUCUUAUGAUGGACUUGAACAUUGGCUGGUUCCGGCAGAAUGGGAACUGCGGUUACGUCCUGCGGCCGGCAAUUAUGCGUGAGCAGGUGUCGUAUUUCAGUGCCAACACAAAAGACUCAGUGCCUGGUGUCUCUCCACAACUCUUGCACAUUAAGAUCAUCAGUGGACAGAACUUCCCCAAGCCCAAAGGCUCAGGUGCCAAAGGGGAUGUGGUCGAUCCUUACGUGUACGUGGAAAUUCACGGCAUUCCUGCCGACUGUGCUGAGCAAAGGACUAAGACGGUCAAUCAGAACGGGGACAAUCCGCUGUUUGACGAGAGCUUUGAGUUCCAAAUCAACCUGCCCGAGCUCGCCAUGGUGCGCUUUGUGGUGCUGGAUGAUGACUACAUAGGGGACGAGUUCAUCGGCCAGUACACCAUCCCCUUCGAGUGCCUGCAGCCGGGUUUUCGCCACAUCCCGCUGCAGUCGCUCACUGGCGAGGUCCUGCCGCACACCCUGCUCUUCGUCCAUGUGGCCAUCACCAACCGGAGGGGUGGUGGCAAGCCCCACAAGAGAGGUCUGUCUGUGCGCAAGGGCAAAAGGAGCAGGGAGUAUGCCAGCAUGAGGGUGCUGCUCAUCAAGGCCCUGGACGACGUCUUUAAGACUGCUACGCUGCCGCUGAGGGAGGCCACGGACCUCAGAGAAAACAUGCAGAAUGCCAUCGUGUCCUUUAAAGAGCUGUGUGGCCUUUCGGCCGUGGCCAACCUCAAGCAGUGCAUCCUGGCCCUCUCCCCUCGACUUAGCGCACUGGACAGUGGCCCACUCCUGCUCUUCAACCUUGCUGACCACUAUCCCAUCAUGGAGCCCCAAGGUCUGCUUCCCGAGGUCCUCAAAAAGGUGGUCACCACCUACGACUUGGUGAUCCAGACCAGCAAGACUCUCUUGGAGAACUCUGACGGAGUCUACGAGCGGAUCCUACAAACCCAAAAAGCCGCAAUGCAGUUCCACCAGAACCUUCAUGACCUGGCGGUGAAGGAAGGUCUCAAGGGCCGCAAGCUUCACAAGGUGGUGGAGAGCUUUACAUGGAACAUUACCAUUCUCAAGGGCCAGGCCGACCUCCUGAAGCACGCCCGCAGUGAUGUUCAGGAGAACCUGAAGCAGAUCCAUUACGCUGCAUUGACGUGCGACCUCAGCAAAGGCAGACCGACAGGCGGCUCGUCCGACUCCAAAAGUAGCCGACGGAGCCUGGAGGCCAUUCCCGAGAAGGCCACAGCCGAGGCGGAGCUCACAGACGACGACACGACGACGACAACUGAUGACCUUCUCACAUUCCCCCAAAGACUUUGUACUACCAGAUGUCGCAUAGUGGUUUUCAGGUAUUUCUACUGAGUAAAAAACACUUAAAUCCUGUAUGAAAGCUGGUAGUCCUCACCUGGAGAACAUCGGGUAUGUACAGUGGUACCUUGAAGUUUGACCACUAACCUAAUUUAAAAAAAAUAAAAUAAAACUCUGAGGCUAGCACAAGAAUGCAAAAUGAUCCACAUCAGAGUUAUUCUUUCACAAAACGUUUACAGGAAUGACAACAAAUGGGGAGGCAACCUGGUAAAACAAAAGUGUAACAGCGGUAAACAUGAAGCAACACUCGUGACUGCUUUUGUGGGGUGAAUAUCCUAAAAAGGGAAAGAAAAAAAUAGAUGUUGAAAUUAAUUAUUUCAUCUUAAAUGGCUGAAGUUUCAUGUAAUUUAGGGAAGUCUCUUAGAAUUAUAGAAAAAGUUUUACAGGAUUUACCUGUAAGACUUUUACUCAAGUUUCACAUGAUUUUGUGAAAGUCUUUAGCAGAAGUCUCAUGUGAUUUCGCAAAAGUCUCACAUGAUUUGCCUCAAAGUACUUUAGCAUAAAUUUCAUUUCGCUCAAGUCACACAAUUUAGUGGAAGUCUCGCAUAAUUUAACAGAAGCCUUGCACAAUUUGAAUAGAAGCGUUGCAGUAUUUUGUUGAAGUCUUCCAAGAUUUGAGCAUAGGUUUCAUGUGAUUUAGUAGAAGUCUCGUGUGAUUUGCCUCACAGUAUUUAAACGAUAAUCUAACAGGGAUUUUGCGCAAGUCUCACGUGAUUUAGCGAAAGCCUCGCAGAAUUUUAACAGAAGCCUCCCGUGAUUUAGCAAGUCUUACAGGAUUUUAGCAGAAGUCUCACAUGAUUAGCUUCUCGAUACUGCGGCGGAAAUUUUGCCGACUUUUUGCUCAAGUCUCUCGGGGUUAGAUGGAGGUCUCGUGUGAUUUAGCGUAAGCUUCGCAUAAUUUUUAACAGAAACCUUAUGUGAUUUCGCAGAAGUCUGGCAAGAUUUUUGCAGAAGUUUGUUAUUUCGCAGAAGUCUCAUAUGAUUUGCAUCACAGGACUUUAGCAGAAAUCUUGCAGGGUUUUUGCUGGAGUCUCAUGUGAUUGAGUGGAAGUCUGGUGUCAUUUUAUCUAAAGUCUUGUGGAAACUUUAUGAGAUUUAGCACAAGUCCCGCGUGAUUUGGCUCGCACAUAACUUAAUGUUCGAUGACUGUUCAAAUGCCAAAACUUCUUUUAUUGUUGGACCAAAAAAAUGACCUGACAAUUCUGGAGUACCUAAUAAAUUGUACGACUUAUGGGGUCUUUGGAAGUUCAAGGUAGCACUGUACCCAAUGAUCGUAGACCAUUCUACUGCCUAAACUCCCCCCGUUUCUCCCACAAAAGACUCGCUAAGUUUGUGGAUUUUUUGCAUCGGUGCCUGGUGAAGAACUUUCUCUGUGGACUGGAGACACACACACACACACACACACGAGCCUUUUGGGUAUUCCGAGAUGUUCCUUAAAGCACAAUAGUGAAUGUAAAAGACGUUUACAUUCCCGAGCUUGUUGUGUGCCAAACAAACCUGAUGUGUAUAUAUGGAGAUACCUGUUACAUUUUUUUUUUCCAUUUCCUUUUUAUUACUGAACA